CGCGCCGCCGAGGGGAGGCCGCGCCGAGCGGGGCCGGGAGCGGAGCGGGACCGGGAGCGGGAGCGGAGCGGGGCCAUGAGCGACAUCCGGCACUCGCUGCUGCGGCGGGACGCGCUGAGCGCCGCCAAGGAGGUGCUCUACCACCUGGACAUCUACUUCAGCAGCCAGCUGCAGAACUCGCCGCUGCCGCUGGUGGACAAGGGCCCCACGGAUCUGCUCGAGGAGUUCCUCUUCCAGGUCCCCAAGGAGCGCGGAGCGCCGCCCAAGAGGCUGACCCCACUUCAGGAACUUCAGCUCCUUGAGAUCAUGUGCAAUUAUUUCCAGGAGCAGACCAAGGAUUCAGUCCGGCAGGUCAUCUUCUCAUCUCUCUUCAGCCCCCAGGGGAACAAAGCAGACGACAGCAGGAUGGCCCUGCUGGGGAAGCUGGUCUCCAUGGCAGUGGCUGUCUGCAGGGUGCCUGUGCUGGAGUGUGCUGCCUUCUGGCUGCAGAGAACCCCAGCUGUGUUCUGUGUGAGGCUGGCCCGAGCCCUGGUGGAUGAUUACUGCAACCUGGUGCCAGGCUCCAUCCAGACCCUGAAGCAGAUCUUCACUGCCAGCCCUCGCUUCUGCUGCCAGUUCAUCACCUCAGUCACAGCCCUCUACGACCUCUCCUCAGAUGAGCUGAUCCCUCCCUCAGACCUGCUGGAGCUGAUUGUCUCCUGGAUCUUUGAGGACCCUCGUUUGAUCCUGAUCACCUUCCUGAACACUCCCAUCGCAGCCAACCUGCCCAUGGGCUUCCUGGAGCUCACCCCGCUCACCGGCCUCAUCCGCUGGUGCGUCAAGGCCCCCCUGGCCUACACCAGGAAGAAAAAAGCCUCUCUCUCCAAUGGACACCCUCCCAGCAAAAUUGCCAAGGACUCAGCUUCAGGAGAAGACAGAGAUUGCCACCAGCUCUAUUCCAAGCUGCAUCUGAGUGUCCUGCAGGUGCUUAUGAUGCUCCAGGGGCAUUUAACAGAGAAAAACCUUUAUGGGCGCCUGGGGCUGGUGCCCUUUGACCACGUGGUUCCUCUGGUGGAGGACAUUAACAGACUGUCUGAUGAACUCAAUCCUCUCAAUGCAUCCAAAGAGAUUGAACUUGCUCUGGACAGGCUGGCUCAGGCUUUGCAAGUGGCCAUGGCAUCAGGAGCUCUCCUGUGCACCAGAGACGACUUGAGGACUGUGUGCUCCAGGCUACCACAUAACAACCUUCUCCAGCUGGUGAUUUCGGGCCCGGUGCAGCAGCCGACACACGGGGCUCUGCCCCCCGGCUUCUACCCGCACAUCCACACCCCUCCCCUGGGCUACCCCGCGCUCAGCCCGGUGCUGUUUACAUCAGGGUGA